AUGGGUUGUGUGAGGUCAAAGGAAGCUGGUGGCCAAGAGAAGAUAACAAAAACUGACCCUGAUCCUGAUCCUGGCCCCACCAUCCAGCAGGGCCACUAUGUGAGAGACCCCACGGCCACCAACAAGAGGAACACCAAUGUCCCCAGCAUGGCUGUGCCCCUGCCCGAGGAUGGCCCAGGGGACAGCGUGGUGCUGGCACUCUACGACUACGAGGCCAUGAACGCUGGGGACCUCAGCUUCCAGAAGGGCGAGCGCAUGAAGGUCCUGGAGAAGUCAGGGGAAUGGUGGCGAGCACGGUCGCUGGUGACAGGACGUGAAGGCUUCAUCCCCAGCAACUACGUUGCCCAAGACAACUCGCUGGAGACAGAGGAGUGGUUUUUCAAGGAUGUCAGCAGGAAGGAUGCGGAGCGGCAGCUCCUUGGCCCUGGGAACAUGAUUGGCUCCUUCAUGAUCAGGGACAGCGAGACAACAAAAGGCUCCUACUCGCUCUCGGUGCGGGACGCGGACGAGCUGCGGGGCGGGGCAGUGAAGCAUUACAAGAUCCGGACCCUGGACAGCGGCGGCUUCUACAUCUCCCCUCGGAACAACUUCAACACGCUGCAGGAGCUCGUCCAGCACUACAAGCGUCAGAGCGAUGGGCUGUGCCAGAGGCUCACCCACCCGUGCCGAGUGCCCAAACCACAGAAGCCCUGGGAGAAAGACGCCUGGGAGAUCCCUCGGGAGUCCCUGAGCCUGGAGAGGAAGCUGGGAGCCGGGCAGUUCGGAGAAGUGUGGAUGGCCACGUACAACAAGCACACCAAGGUGGCAGUGAAGACCAUGAAGCCGGGCAGCAUGUCUGUGGAAGCCUUCCUGGAGGAGGCCAACCUGAUGAAGACUCUGCAGCACGACAAGCUGGUGAAGCUGCAUGCAGUGGUCACCAGGGAGGAGCCCAUCUUCAUCAUCACCGAAUUCAUGGAGAAAGGGAGCUUACUGGAUUUCCUGAAGAGCGAUGAGGGGAACAAGCUGCCGCUGCCGAAGCUGAUCGACUUCUCUGCCCAGAUUGCAGAAGGAAUGGCUUUUAUUGAGAAGAGGAACUACAUCCACAGAGACCUGAGAGCCGCCAACAUCCUGGUGUCAGCAGUGCUGGUGUGCAAGAUUGCAGACUUUGGGCUGGCCAGGGUCAUCGAGGACACCGAGUACACGGCCCGGGAAGGUGCCAAGUUUCCCAUUAAAUGGACUGCACCAGAAGCCAUCAACUACGGAUCUUUCACUAUAAAAUCAGAUGUCUGGUCCUUUGGGGUCCUCCUGACUGAGAUCAUCACCUAUGGACGCAUCCCCUACCCAGGGAUGUCCAGCGUGGAGGUGAUCAGGGCUCUGGAGCGUGGCUACCGGAUGCCCCGCACAGAUAACUGCCCUGAGGAGCUCUAUGACAUCAUGAUGAGGUGCUGGAAGAUCAAACCCGAGGAUCGCCCCACUUUUGAGUACAUACAGAGUGUUCUGGAGGAUUUCUUCACUGCCACAGAGAGCCAGUACCAGCAGGAGCCCUAG